GGGGACACCGUGUGCGAACCGAACAGAAUAACCCGCCCCCAGCGAGAUAUGAAGGACUCUGGGUGAGGCCGGCCACGCCCCGCACGACUGAGGCGAAAGAGGAAAACGAUGAUGUGUUGCUGUGCCUUCCUUUUCGAAUCCUGGGAAUGCCUCCUUUGGGCAAAAUGAUAGAAAGCAAGGAUCUGUGGCGGUAUCUGAAAGGAGGGUUGGCUGAUUGGCAAAACAACGGGAGAAACCAAAGUACAGUCCAUCAGAGGGAAGAGACCACCCUUCAAGGAUGGGAAGGCCAUUGUGACAAUGUGCUGACUUCAUUUUCCUUACUACUGAGUUUCCCACUGAAAUCAUGGAGGAGAAACAGCAGAUUAUACUGGCUAAUCAAGAUGGUGGGACAGUUACAGGAGCAGCACCUACCUUCUUUGUCAUCCUAAAACAGCCAGGAAAUGGCAAAACUGAUCAAGGAAUUUUGGUUACUAAUCAUGAUGCCUGUGCUUUGGCUGGUAAGGUAUCAUCACCAGAAAAAUCCAAAGGGAAGGUUUGUCUUCCAGCUGAUUGUACUGUGGGAAGAAUAACUGUGACCCUCGAUAACAACAGUAUGUGGAAUGAGUUCCAUAACCGAAGCACUGAGAUGAUUCUGACCAAGCAGGGAAGACGCAUGUUUCCUUAUUGUCGCUAUUGGAUAACAGGCUUAGAUUCAAAUUUAAAGUAUAUCCUUGUCAUGGAUAUAUCUCCAGUAGAUAAUCAUCGUUAUAAGUGGAAUGGUCGUUGGUGGGAACCCAGUGGGAAAGCUGAACCCCAUGUUUUGGGAAGGGUUUUCAUUCAUCCAGAAUCCCCUUCCACAGGUCAUUAUUGGAUGCAUCAACCAGUAUCUUUCUAUAAACUCAAACUUACCAACAAUACACUGGACCAAGAAGGCCAUAUUAUUUUGCACUCUAUGCAUCGUUACUUGCCAAGACUUCAUUUGGUACCAGCAGAAAAGGCUACAGAAGUGAUACAAUUAAAUGGCCCUGGUGUCCAUACUUUUACCUUCCCCCAGACCGAGUUUUUUGCAGUAACAGCAUAUCAGAACAUUCAGAUUACCCAGCUGAAAAUAGAUUACAAUCCAUUUGCCAAAGGCUUUCGGGAUGAUGGGCUAAACAAUAAGCCCCAGAGAGAUGGAAAACAAAAGACCAGCUCUGAACAAGAAGGGAAUAGUGUUCAUCUUACUGAAAGUGAGGGGUCAGAGAUACAUUCAAGUGAUUUUGAUACUAUGUCAAGGGGUCAUGAAACAUCGAGCAUGGGUUUGGAGAAGCUUCCACUUAAUGUAAAAGAAGACUUUCUUGGUUUUAUGGAUGCUGAUUCAGCACUUGAAACACCUCAGUCGAAGCAUGGGAUUUCUGAAAGUCUUAUUACCAACAGUUUUGAAGAUGACUCCCAUAUCGCCUCACCUUUAGACUCGAAUGGAAACUUCAAUGUUGUCAUUAAAGAGGAACCUUUAGAUGAUUAUGACUAUGAAUUUGGUGAGUGCCCAGAAGGGGUUGCUGUGAAACAGGAAGAGACAGAUGAAGAAACAGAUGUAUAUUCAAACAGUGAUGAUGAUCCUAUAUUAGAGAAACAACUAAAGAGGCACAAUAAAGGUGAUAGCCUGGAAACUGACCAUGUAUCUUCUAAAUGGCUACCAAGUAGCCCAUCAGGUGUUGCUAAAGCUAAAAUGUUCAGAUUAGAGUCUGGAAAGAUGCCAGUUGUUUACUUGGAGCCCUGUGCUGUCACCAAAAGUACAGUGAAAGUUUCUGAACUGCCGGAUAACAUGCUUUCUACAUCUCGAAAGGAUAAAUCUUCUAUCUUUUCAGAAUUAGAAUAUUUGCCUACAUACAUUGAAAAUUCCAGUGGGACUGGCUUCUGCUUAGGCAAAGAUUCAGAAAAUGGUCUUAGAAAACACUCCUCAGAUCUCAGAAUGAUACAGAAUUAUUCCUUAGUUAAAGAGUCUCAUUGGAAAUACCCUGUUAUAUUUGAUAGCAUUAACUCAGAAAGAGUACAUGACAGUUCAAAGGGUUCAGUUGGAGACUCAUUUUCAGAAAAAGAGGACUUGGGCAGAAAGCGAACAUCAAUGUUUAAUAAGUUUGCAGCCGCCCCAAAGGCUGUGGAUACCAGUCAGAACACUUCUCCAAAUGCUGGAAAAAGAGGGCGGCCUCGAAAGUUGAAAUUCUCUAAGGCAGUACGAGCAGCCAAAAACACAGGAAAGGCUUUAACUGCUACAAAGAAUACUCCUAUAGGCCCUGGGAGUGUCUUUCCUGAUGUGAAGCCUGAUCUGGAAGAUGUGGAUGGUGUUCUUUUUGUUUCCUUUGAGUCGAAGGAAGCUCUAGACAUUCAUGCAGUUGAUGGGACAGCAGAAGAGCCCUCUACUCUUCAGGCAUCUCCCACAAAUGACCCAGGAUGCAGAGCAAGAAUUUCCCAGAUGGAAAAGGAAUUAAUAGAAGAUUUGAAGUCUUUGCGGCAUAAGCAGGUGAUACAUCCUGGUCUUCAAGAAGUGGGCUUAAAACUCAAUUCAGUGGAUCCAACAGUGAGCAUUGAUCUUAAAUACUUGGGAGUACAGCUGCCUUUGGCUCCAGCCACUAGCUUUCCUUUUUGGAACCUUACAGGAACCAACCCUGCCUCUCCUGAUGCUGGGUUUCCUUUUGUUUCUAGGACAGGGAAGACCAAUGACUUUACCAAGAUUAAGGGAUGGAGGGGAAAAUUUCAUAAUGCUUCUGCAUCCAGGAAUGAAGGUGGAAAUUCAGAGGGCUCAUUGAAAAACCGCUCUGCUUUCUGUAGUGACAAGCUAGAUGAAUACUUGGAAAAUGAAGGCAAGCUAAUGGAAACAAGUAUUGGUUUUUCUUGCAAUACUCCCACGUCUCCUGUGGUGUACCAGCUACCCACAAAGAGUACCAGCUAUGUACGGACACUUGAUAGUGUUCUAAAGAAGCAAUCUACCAUUUCCCCUUCUACCUCUUACUCUUUGAAGUCUCAUUCUUCACCUAGUGCCACUCGGAAGGCAAAGUCUCAAAACAGACAGACAAUACUCAGUGGACGAACUAAAUCAUCUUACAAAUCCAUUUUGCCAUAUCCCAUUUCACCAAAGCAGAAACCUCCUCAUGUGAUUCCAGGAGAUAAGGCUAUGAAGAAUUCCUUGAAUGCCAUGUCUGAUAAUCAGGUGAAGAACUUGGUUGUGUCAACUUUAGAGGAAAAUACAUUUCCAAAGCAUAUUAGCUUGCGGCAAGCACAGCAGCAGCAGCAACAGCAGCAGCAGCAGCAGGGAACUCGCCCUGCAGGCUUAUCUAAAUCUCAAGUGAAACUUAUGGACCUGGAAGACUGUGCGCUUUGGGAAGGAAAACCAAGGACCUAUAUUACAGAAGAGAGAGCAGAUGUUUCCUUGACAACUCUGCUUACAGCUCAGGCAUCUCUCAAAACUAAACCUAUCCACACAAUCAUAAGGAAACGAGCCCCUCCAUGCAACAAUGAUUUCUGUCGCCUGGGAUGUAUAUGUUCCAGUUUAGCUUUGGAGAAGCGACAGCCUGCUCAUUGCCGUAGACCAGACUGCAUGUUUGGCUGCACUUGUUUGAAAAGAAAAGUUGUACUUGUUAAAGGAGGAUCCAAAGCAAAACAUUUCCAAAAGAAGGCUACACAUCGAGAUACAGUAUUUUAUGAUGCUCUGGGGGAAGAGACAAAGGAAGGCAUUAGAGAUGAUGAUGAGGAACAGUUGAAAGAGAAAAAGAAAAGAAAGAAGCUAGAAUACACUAUAUGUGAAGCAGAACCUGAACAGCCUGUUCAACAUUACCCAUUAUGGGUGAAAGUAGAAGGUGAAGUAGAUCCAGAGCCAGUGUAUAUCCCAACGCCUUCUAUCAUUGAGCCUAUGAAAUCGCUAUUACCUCAACCAGAAGUAUUACCUGCUACUGUGAAGGGCAAGCUAUUCACUGGAAUUAAACCUGCACGGGCAUAUACUCCCAAACCCAAUCCUGUGAUACGGGAGGAGGACAAAGACCCAGUCUAUUUGUACUUUGAGAGCAUGAUGACUUGUGCUCGAGUUCGAGUGUACGAACGAAAGAAAGUGGAGCAGAGACAGCCAUCCCCAUCCCUGUCCACGUCUCCACCAUUUCAGCAGCAGAGCUCGUGUUCUAGUCCUGAGAACUGUAGUACAAAGGAACCUGAUUCUGAGCAGUCCUUAAAACAACUCAUCUGUGACUUAGAGGAUGAUUCUGAUAAAUCACAAGAAAAGAGCUGGAAAUCUUCCUGUAAUGAAGGGGAGUCAUCUUCUACCUCUUAUGUGCAUCAGAAGUCACCUGGUGGUCCCACCAAACUCAUAGAGAUCAUAUCAGACUGCAACUGGGAGGAGGAUCGGAACAAGAUUUUGAGCAUCUUAUCCCAGCACAUCAAUAGCAACAUGCCACAGUCACUUAAGGUGGGCAGUUUCAUCAUUGAGUUGGCUUCUCAGCGAAAGAGCCGGGGUGAGAAGAACCCCCCUGUUUAUUCUUCUCAUGUGAAAAUCUCUAUGCCAUCAUGUCAAGACCAAGAUGAUAUGGCUGGGAAAUCUGGAUCAGAGACUCCUGAUGGUCCAUUGUCCCCUGGGAAAAUGGAUGAUUUCUCUCCUGUGCAGACAAAUGCCCUGGAUUCAGUGAGGGAGAGAUUACAUGGAGGCAAAGGUCUGCCCUUUUAUGCAGGGCUUUCUCCUGCAGGGAAGCUUGUGGCCUAUAAACGUAAACCCAGUUCAACUACAUCUGGGCUUAUCCAGGUUAAUGGUAAGAGUUACCCGCAGGCUAAGUUGCUAUUGGGACAGAUGGGGGCAUUGCAUCCAGCCAAUAGGCUAGCUGCUUAUAUCACAGGCAGGUUGCGACCCUCAGUCCUGGACCUCUCAACCCUCAGUACUGUCAUCUCCAAGGUAGCAUCCAAUGCCAAGGUGGCUGCAUCCAGGAAACCACGUACCCUGUUGCCUUCAAUAUCCAAUUCCAAAACGGCAUCUUCCUCCUCUGACACUACAUCAAAUCGCCCUGGGAAGAAUGCGAAGGCAUUUGCUCCAGCAAAAAGACCAAUUGCGGCUCGACCUUCUCCUGGUGGUGUGUUCACACAGUUUGUGAUGAGUAAAGUUGGAGCCUUGCAGCAGAAGAUACCUGGAGUUAGCACACCCCAACCCCUGACAGGGCCACAGAAGUUCAGUAUCAGACCUUCUCCAGUAAUGGUCGUCACACCUGUGGCUUCUUCUGAGCCAGUUCAGGUGUGCAGUACUGUGACUGCUGCUGUCACUACUGUCCCUCAAAGGUUGUUAGAAAAUGUUACUGCUGUGACAUCUAUGGCUGCUAUUUCUGACAUGGGAGCUAAAGAACCUACUUAUUCUUCUGGUGGCACUACUGCUGGGGUUGUUGAAAGCUCUGAGACUAGUACCAGCACCCUUGUAACAUCUACCCAGUCUACAGCCACUGUGAACCUUGUCAAAACUACUGGGAUUACUACCUCUGUGGCUUCAGUUGCAUUUCCUAAGUCACUGGUAGCAUCUCCUCCAACCAUAACUCUUCCUGUUGCUUCCACUGCCUCCACUUCCAUAGUCAUGGUGACCACAGCUGCAUCUUCCUCCAUGGUGACCACACCAACUUCAUCUCUAGGCUCUGUUCCUAUUAUACUCUCAGGAAUUAAUGGGAGUCCACCAGUGAGCCAGAGACCAGAAAAUGCCUCUCAAAUUCCAGUAACUACACCACAGAUUUCUCCAAAUCCUGUGAAACGUACUGGACCUCGAUUGUUGUUGAUUCCAGUACAGCAAGGUUCUCCUACACUUAGGCCUGUCUCAAACCCACAACUUCAGGGACAUCGGAUGGUCUUGCAACCUGUUAGGAGUCCAAGUGGAAUGAACCUAUUCCGGCACCCCAGUGGGCAGAUUGUCCAACUCCUACCUUUGCAUCAGAUCCGAGGCUCUAAUAAUUCCCAGCCCAACUUACAGCCUGUCAUGUUUCGGAAUCCAGGAUCGGUGAUGGGAAUCCGGUUACCUGCUCCUUCUAAGCCUUCUGAGACUCCACCAUCUUCUUCAUCAUCCUCUGCUUUCUCUGUCAUGAGUCCAGUAAUUCAGAAUGUUGGGUCUUCUCCAGCAGUAAAUGUUAUUACUCAGGCACCAUCAUUGCUUUCCUCUGGACCUAGUUUUGUCUCUCAAGCUGGUACAUUGACCUUGAGGAUUUCUCCUCCUGAACCUCAAAGCUUUGCAGAUAAAACAGGCUCCGAUACUAAAAUAACGUAUAGCUCAGGAGGGCAGCCUGCUGGUACUGCUAGUCUUAUUCCUCUACAGUCAGGUAGUUUUGCUUUGUUGCAGCUCCCAGGACAAAAGCAUGUUCCUAGCUCUGUUCUUCAGCAUGUUUCUUCCCUUCAGAUGAAGAAGGAGUCCCAGAAUGCAGACCAGGAAGAUGAAACAAGCUGUAUAAAAAGAGAGCAGGAAACUAAUGUGGCUCUCCAUUCAAAAGAGGAGACACUAAGCCCUGAGCCUAACAUGACUAAGCAAACCUCAGGAACUACCACACCCCAUGAGACCUUGAAUGGUUCAUUGGACAAUGGGGGUGUUCAUUUGGGUGAAGAAUCCCUUAUAGAAGGUGUUUCCACAACUGUCAAGCCUUCUGAACACUCCCAAGAUGCUGAGUCUCACUCAGAUGUAGACUAUGGAGAUGGUAAUGAAGAGUCGGGGUCUAUAAAUCAGAAUAAUUCCAAAGCCAAAUGGACUGUUACAGAGGUUAAGACCAUUUCUGGAAAUUCCAACAAUAUAAUAGUCCAGAAUGUAAGCAAAACACAACCUCAAAAACACGGUGAUGUGAAGGUAGAACAGCAAAAAGGAUCAGACAAUCCAGAGGAAAACCCAGAUCAAUUUCUAGUCAUCUCUAAGGAAGAAAGUAAAUUUGAAUUAGGGACCCAAGGUAAAGAGCAACAAUCUAGUUCACAGCAAGAAGCCAAGAAGGAGACUCUGGGGAAGGACAAUUUUAAAGAGAGGUGGAGAACACAUCUGAAGGGUCUCUUAACUCAGAAGUAUGUUGGAAUUUCACAAGAAUAUAAGAAAGAGGCAGACUUAUUUAGAGAAGCAAAGCCAUGUCAAGAAAAUUCCGAUGUGUUUCAAGAACAAGGCAUUUCAGACUUGCUUGGAAAUAGUGGAACUACUGAGAAUGACAGAAUUUUAAAAACUGAAUGUGAUUCUUGGAGUAGCAAUUCUAGUUCUGCACCUUUCUCUAUUGCUUCUAAGAGAGGGGCAAGAGGAAACAGAGGGAAUAGACAUUUUAAAGGCCACUUACUGCUAUCAGGAGAUCAAAUACAACCAGAGCAUGAGAGGAAGAAUGGGAGAAGCAGUGCUGGCUUCACUAUUUUGGAUUUGGAAGAGAACAAUGAAGAUGACCAUGAGAAAACCGAUGAUUCUGUUGACGAAAUUGUGGGUGUUGUUUCUGGCUACCAGAGUGAGGAAGUUGAUGUAGACAAGAAGAACUGUGUAGAAUAUGUUGAAGAUGAUGAACAAGUGGAUGUUGAAACUAUAGAUGAGCUCUCAGAAGAAAUGAAUAUUGCCCAUAAGAAGAUCAUGGCAGUUCACACACAGUCAUUCAAACAACAGUGCCGUAACUAUCUCUCUACAGAUGAAAAAUCUGCUGAAAAGAGUCAAAAGGCCACACCCAUCUCUACCAAACUGAAACAUGAUUAUUGGAGUGACAAACCACAAAAAGAAACAGAAGCUUUUGCCUAUUACCGCCGGACACAUACUGCCAAUGAGCGGCGGCGGCGUGGUGAAAUGAGGGAUCUCUUUGAAAAAUUGAAGAUUACAUUGGGAUUACUUCAUUCUUCCAAGGUUUCUAAAAGUCUUAUUCUUACUCGGGCAUUCAGUGAAAUUCAGGGACUAACAGAUCAGGCAGACAAAUUGAUAGGACAGAAAAAUCUCCUGAGUCGAAAACGGAACAUUUUAAUACGGAAGGUAGCAUCUCUUUCAGGUAAGACAGAAGAAGUGGUCUUGAAGAAGCUAGAAUAUAUUUAUGCCAAACAACAAGCACUAGAGGCACAAAAAAGGAAAAAGAAGAUGGGAUCAGAUGAGUUUGGUGUGUCUCCCAGAACUGGCAAACAGCAGGAAGGAGCCUCUACGUCAUCUGUAGACCUGGGACAGGUGUUCAUAAAUAACAGGAGGGGAAAACCUUUGAUUCUUGCUAGAAAAAGAGACCAGGCCACAGAAAAUGCUUUACCCUCUAAUAUAUCACACUCCUCUACCAACCUGGUGAUGACUCCACAAGGGCAAUUGCUUACCUUAAAAGGUCCCCUAUUCUCAGGACCAGUGGUAACUGUUUCACCUGCUCUCUUAGAAGCUGAUUUGAAGCCUCAGAUUGCAAGCAGUACUAUGGCUCAGUCAGAAAAUGAUGACUUAUUUAUGAUGCCACGAAUUGUUAAUGUGACAUCAUUGGCCACAGAGGAAGAUUUGGUGGAUAUAGGUGACUGCAAAUAUCCUCAGGAAGUUCCUGGUGGCAAGCCAUGUGACCAGCUGAGACAGAUUGUAGGGAAUGAAGAUAACUCCUUAGAAGAUACAGAUAGAGUCUCAUCCAGAGGAAAUCACAGAGAUGGCCGGAUGGCAUUGGGCCCCACACAAGUUUUUUUGACAAAUAAAGAUUCUUUCCCACAAGUAGUUGAUGUUUCUAAUAUGCAGGAAGCACAGGAAUUAUUACCUAAAAAGAUUUCUGGUGAUAUGAGAGGGACUCGGUAUAAAUGGAAAGAGGGAGAACUAAGAGGGGAGAGACUAAAGUCAAAGGAAUCUCAGUUUCACAAAUUAAAGAUGAGAGAUCUCAAGGACUCAAGCAUAGAGACGGAACUGAGGAAAGUGGCAUCAGCUAUAGAGGAAGCAGCUCUUGAUCCCAGUGAAAUACUGACUAACAUGGAAGAUGAGGAUGAUACCGAUGAGACACUGACUUCACUGCUUAAUGAGAUUGCCUUCCUUAACCAACAACUAAAUGAUGAUUCUGUUAACUUGGCUGAACUACCCAGCUCUAUGGAUACAGAGUUCCCAGGAGAUGCUCGGCGAGCUUUCAUCAGUAAACUUUCUCCUGGGAAUAGAUCAACGUUCCAGGUUGGACACUUGGGAUUAGGUUUGAAAGAGUUGCCUGAUGUUCAAGAGGAGAGUGAAUCCAUCAGCCCCCUCCUCUUGCAACUGGAAGAUGAUGACUUUUCUGAGAAUGAAAAACAACUUGUAGAUACAACCUGUGAACCAGAUGUCCUUAAAAUUGUUAUUGAUUCUGAAGUAAAGGAUUCUCUCCCUUCCCACAGAAAAUCUAGCAAUGGAGGGAAGAUUACUUCUGACCUUCCUGCAGAACCUGAAAAUGUGUCCUCACCUCCCAUCCUACACAUGAAGACUGGCAUGGAAAACAGCAAUGCAGAUACUUUGUGGAGGCCUAUGCCAAAGUUGGCACCUUUAGGUUUAAAAGUACCUAAUCCUCCCAGUGAUGUAGAUGGUCAGAGUCUCAAGGUGAUGCCUUGCUUAGCACCUAUAGCUGCCAAAGUUGGGUCAAUUGGACACAAAAUGAACUUAGCAGGGAGUGACCAAGAAGGUCGAGAAAGCAAGAUGAUGCCUACACUAGCACCUGUUGCAGCCAAGUUGGGCAACUCUGGGGUUUCACCAAAUUCUGCAGGGAAGUGAACUUGUUUAUCCUCAGGCAGAAGCCAGGCUAUGAGGGAAAAUCGAAUCUUGCCUAUUUAAUUUUGGGGCAUCCUUGACAUUAAUGAUGUAUGGAUAAUGAUGGAGAAAGAGGAUAGGAUGUUGACCCUGGUAUAAGAAACACUAUGAAAUUCUGAUCAUGUUAAAAAGUGUUACCUCACUUGUGGUGCUGGCUCUCCCCAUCCUCUAAGAAGAUACAAUCCCUCUUUCCCAAGGAAUUCAUCAUAAGACUCUGGCUCCAUAGUAGUACUAAUUCACACCAUGCCCCAAGAGAAAAAGCUGAAAAAAGCUUGAGGCUGGGGUUAUUGUGGACAGAACUAUAGAUGAUAGUUGUUAGAUUAGGUCUAAAUUUUAAGAAUUUUGAUGAAGUUGUGCAAAGAGAUCCAGAAGAGACAGGUGUUCCUUGAUAUUUUAGUACUAAGAAGUGAUAACACUGGGCAUCAUGGCACACACCUGUAACCCCAGCACUUGGCGGACUAAGGCAGGAGAAUUGUGAGUUUGUGUCUGACCCAGGCUAUAAAGUUAGGCAAUGUCACCAAAAAAAAUGGGGGAUAUAGAUAGGACGGGGGCUGCCAUGGAAUACCAAAGUGAAGGGUUUUAUUCAGCAGGAUUUCUCUUUCAUAUCCUAAAUAGCUUUCAUUCCCUUAUCUUUUCAAUCAUAAUUAUAAAUUUAAGCUUUCUGGUAAAGUAGAGAAGCUUUUAACUUUUUUAUUAAUGUGACUGUUUUGAGAUGUUAAGUAUCUCACAUUGUCUUUGGGAUGUUGAAAAGAUUGUUCCAUAGGGCUAGAGAUUCUUUGUUUUUUUUGUGGGGGGAGGGAGUCGAGUGGAUAUAGAGAGAGCCCUUCCCAAAUCAUGUCACUCAAGAGACAGCUGAAAUGAAAGGCAUUCUUUCCCAGAGCAGAGACCAUGGCCAAAAUAAAAAUUCAUGGGGCUGGCUAUUUCCCAAAUCAAACCAGCCUCCUGGUGCUUGAAGAAUGUUUCAUUCACUAUUACCUGCACAGGAUAUAAAGAAAGUCACAGUAGGCACUCUUUACCAGGGAAGUACGGCAGUAUUUGAAUUACAAGAUAUAUUUUUUAUCUGCUAUCAUGGAUUCAAUGAUAUGUAAAGCUUUUUCACUCAUUAGCUGUCAGGGUAUGAAGGACUGACAGUCUGUAAAGAUAAAGAUAUUUAUAUUUUUGUAUAGUUGUUUUCAUAGAUUUCUCAAAGGCUGAAGUUUUCAACCUAGAAGAUGAGAUUUGUAUUGAGUAUAGAAAUGUUUCCUAUCUAGUUUGUAAAUAAUUUGGUGCACUUGAGGGGUCUCUUGGAAACUCCUGGGGGCAUAAAUCACUAUUCUGAAAAAUGUAUAGACUGGGAUUUAGCUGCUGCAAUUUGCCUUUCUAAAAUUAUAUUUUGGAAUGUAACCCCUGUUCUGUCUUUGCUGACAGGAUUUGCUUGUGUUGUAAAACACUAACACAAGUGCUUCCAGUGCCUGGGCUGCGCCUGGGUGAUACUGUAAGAGACAUCCCCUGCCUUCUUUAUCCAAUAAGUCCCACUCAGCUUAUCUUCAGUCCUAGGCUAUGAGACCAACUUUGGAGUGGAGCUAGCCAGUGAAUUAUUACUUCCAUGUUUGAUUCCCUUUCUAUUAACUCUGAUAAUCAACGGAUUGAAAUGAUGGCAUAAUUUCCACUGCAAAAUGCAAUGGAAACAAAUUUUUUAUUGGUUUAGUGCUACUUGUCUUUGUGGACAGCUCAUCAGCACUUCAGCUUUUCAUUAUCCUUUCUACCCCUUAACCCAACAGAUAUCAUCCAAUGCCUUAGCCAGGAAGUCCAGCACCUGUCUCCCUUGCUAGUAAUGGCCCUUAGAGAGGCUAGUUCUUGAACCCUCAUUAUAGCAGCUUCCCAUUAUUUGAGUGCUUGUCUCUUUCCCCAUGUUUCUUUCUGGCUUUGUAGGGUCAGACAUGAAACCGGCAAGGGAGUGAAUAAUCCUCAGGAAAAGAAGGACCAUUUUAGCUUCUGACUACCCUGGUUUUUGUUGUUUUUUUUUUUAAUAGAAAAAAAUAGGCUAAACGGGUCAAGCUUAAUUCUUGAUCCGAAGAUAUUUGGCUUUGUUUAUAAGAGAUGUACAAAGAAAGGAAGGAUGAGUCUAGGUAUUUAUGAAAGACUGCAGAUAUCAUUAUAAACCCCCAAGACACAAUGUUCUCCAGAUAGAUUUUGGAGCUAUCAGGGUUAAUUUGAGGAGGGCUCAAUCUUCAGAACAAUCCUGCAGAAAUCUAAAAUUUCCCCCAGGUUCUUACCCUUAAACUCUACUCUAGUAGAAACUGAUCUGUGAGAAUUCUAUGUAUGAUUAUGAAAGAAGUUGAGAAGAUCUGAGGAACUUGGAAGACAGCUCUUACUCUCACUCUAUAAAGAAGCGCAUGACCUCAGUAGACCAAUAAUUCGCCUUUUUAUACAUCUGUAAAUAAAUGGAAUGUUUUUAAGAAUAUAAUUAUGUCAGAUUUAGCAUUUUCUUUUAUAUAUUAAAUAUAUAUCUUUCAUUUCUGCUUUUGAAAAUGAUUAUUUUUUUAGAAACAAACAGAAGACUGGUGAUGGAAAGGCAAGACAAAUAAACCUGAAAUAAAACA